CAAACAUGUUAAACAUGAAAAGCAGUCAGUGCGAUCGGGUUUCCGUAUUAAUGCGGGUUUCCAGUUCACCCAGAUUUCUGGAUAUUUCCAAACUGGCUUCAACAGAUCGCACGGUGUCAACGUGAAAAAUGAGAGAAGCGAAAGAUUCUCCCGACGCCGGGAAUAUUGUGGAGGAUCAUCGGAACUUGUUGGAAUGGACCGACACCACAAACAUUGCAGACGCGGAACAUCAUCUGCCUAUCAACAUGCAGUUCAACGAUGGCCACAGACUGUCCAUUGCAGUCUACAGUGUUCUCAUGGUGUUUUCGGCCAUUGCCAACAUAACAGUUUUAGUGUUGUUAAUGAAGCGGCGCCGACACCAGCCUUCAAGGAUCAACACUAUGCUGAUGCAUCUAGCCAUUGCUGAUCUAUUGGUGACAUUCCUGAUGAUGCCAAUGGAAAUCGCAUGGGCAGCGACGGUUGAAUGGAUAGCUGGCGACGCCAUGUGCAGGAUAAUGAGCUUUUUUCGAACUUUCGGCCUUUACCUGUCCAGCCUUGUGCUCUGCUGCAUCAGCAUCGAUAGGUACUACGCUGUGCUGAAACCCCUGCAAUUCGCCGACAUAGACAGAAGGGAGAAAAAUAUGAUUAUCUGUGCUUGGAUGGGGGCGGUGAUAUUCAGCGCUCCUCAGAUGAUCAUCUUCCAUGUGGAACAUCACCCGAACAUAACAACGUAUAGGCAAUGUGUAACAUACCACAGUUUCCGCACGCCGCUUCACGAAUUAAUUUAUAGCGUAUCUGGUAUGGUAAUAAUGUACGCUUUUCCUUUGGCCGUCAUCAUCUUCUCUUAUGCGUCGAUUUUGUGGGAGAUUUUCCGCAAAACCAGGAAUAAGGGAUGUGCUGAUAGCGUAACCAGAUCCAGCCUGGGAGUUUUGAGCAAGGCGAAAACGAGGACAUUGAAGAUGACCAUCAUCAUCGUGUUUGUGUUUUUCGUCUGUUGGACUCCUUAUCAUGUGAUGUGCGUUUGGUAUUGGUACGACAGGGAUUCGGCCAUCCACGUGGAUCCACGUAUCCAGAAGGGCCUCUUUCUGUUCGCCUGCACCAAUUCGUGUGCAAACCCUGUGGUUUAUGGCAUUUUCAACAUUAGAGCCAAGAGAAAAGCGGUGAAGGUGAGGCCUAGAUUGAGCAGUAACUCGACCAUUCCCCGCUCGUCUUACAUUCCUCCGCACAUUACAGCUGAAACUAGACUGUCGCCUUUGGAAAUCUCCCUUAGGAGUCUUGAGUAGUUUU